ACUUAGUUGAGUUGUAAGGUCUGCCUGUCAACCGAAAUAUUCUCCUGCCUCUGCAUUCUGGUUAGUUCCAUGUUGUCUGCAGUGUUUUAUGUAUGUAGUGAAUCGUUUUUUUUUUCGUACCUACCGACACACGCAAAUCAAAACAAUUGACAAUUCGAGAACGUUGACAAACAUGUGUUAUUAUUGUACUCUCAUUAACCAUAUGAACUGUAGGGACAACCAGAUUUAGUGACUUGUGACAAAUUUUUUUUGUGAUGGAAUGUGAUUAGUGACAUGCCGGAGAAAGAAGCGGAUUUUCAGACCGCUAUGUCCGCAGGACUUCCCAUGCAAUUUCCUUCAGCUUUCGCUGCCUUUCACGCUCCUUUGCCCGUUGAUCAAAGAACUCACGACGGACGGUACGUCUGGGAUCAUAGGAUGCAGCCUCCUCCUACUGGUGCCUUCCAUCCGCCAGCUCCAUCAAGUGUCGGUGGUAAUCCUGGAGGCGGUUUACUUCUAGGAAGGGAGCUGCAUCCAGCAUAUCGGUUACCUCCACAUAUGGAGUAUCUGUAUUCUCUCCAACAUUCCACUGGUAGCUCCAUUCACGGGCUAGGACUAGGAACAGAAUAUAUAACUGCCAGAGGUCUUACAGAUGUCCAUACAGCAUCUACCUUGGGAAGUUCGGAAUUUCCAUUCAGUAUAGAUGGUUCCAGGUUGAACAGUCCUCGACCGGGCAGUAUAAGAGCUUCUCGUAAACGCGCCUUAUCAUCCUCACCUUACUCAGAUUCUUUUGAUAUUAAUUCGAUGAUAAGGUUUUCCCCAAAUUCCCUGGCAUCUAUAGUCAAUGGAUCGAGAUCAUCUAGUGCGAGCGGUUCCUAUGGACAUCUGUCGGCAGGAGCCAUUAGCCCCGCUUUGGGCAUGCAUCCGAUGCACCUUCAACAACUCCAAGCACACUUGAUGCGUAGCUCGGGAUCUUUAUUACCUUUACCUCCUGCUGCACCUCCGCCUCAUCCUAUGUAUUCUUUGGGACAUCAUCCGCUUCACGUAACACACAAUAUUAAGACUGAUAUUUUAAAUGACAGGAAAAAGUCUGAAACUAGUACAAUAACACAACUCGAUGUCGACUCAACGACGUCAAGAAAAUCCAAAGUGAAAAAAGAACCGUCUCCAAAUUUCUGUGGACAAGAGGGGCAAAACGAUCCCAUCGAUCUCAAAGACGAACCAGGAGAUUUUAUAGAAACGAAUUGUCAUUGGAAGGAAUGCUCAACAGAAUUUGGAACUCAAGAAGAAUUAGUAAAACAUAUCAACAAUGAUCACAUACAUGCGAAUAAGAAGUCAUUUGUAUGUCGAUGGGAGGGGUGUUCAAGAGCAGAAAAACCUUUCAAGGCUCAGUACAUGUUGGUUGUACAUAUGAGAAGACAUACAGGAGAAAAACCUCAUAAAUGCACGUUUGAAGGAUGUGCCAAAGCUUAUUCGAGACUAGAGAAUCUGAAAACUCAUUUACGAUCCCACACUGGCGAAAAACCUUAUACCUGUGAAUAUCCUGGUUGUGCUAAAGCAUUUAGCAAUGCCUCUGAUAGAGCCAAACAUCAAAAUCGUACGCAUAGUAAUGAGAAACCAUACGUGUGCAAAGCACCGGGAUGUACGAAACGGUAUACCGAUCCGAGUUCUCUAAGAAAACAUGUGAAAACUGUACACGGGGCAGAAUUUUAUGCCAGUAAAAAACAUAAGGGAUCCGAACCAGGACCUGAUGAUGGCCCGGCCGGAUUAGAUUCCAGUCCAAGAAGUGAGGAUAUGCAAAGCCAUAAAACAACCAGUCUCAGUAGUCCGAGUAUCAAAUCUGAAUCUGACGUUAAUUCUCCCGGUCACCAACAAGGAAGUCCACUCGGUACCACCCAACUUGCAGGACUUGGAGGUUUCAACGAUGACUUACCUAAUGACAUAGGUGGAACAAUUGGUCCUUCUGAUGAUAUACCUUGGGCGUACGAUGCAGAAGACUUAGAAAUAGACGAACUUCCUGUUGUUUUAAGAGCAAUGGUGGGUUUAGGAAAUGAGCGAGGAGGUGUAGCGGUUGCAGAGAGAACACCGAGAGUUAGAAUGAAACAUCUGGUAAAAGGAAAACCGUCAACCAUACCACCCGCAAAUAAUCAAAGAAAAAAUAUUGCUGAUCUUAAUAGACGAAUAACAGAUCUGAAAAUGGAAGGCAAUACAACUGGUUCUGCUCAAACUAAGAGUCAAUUCACUGAUCUCCAACAAAGGCUACAACCUCCUGGUAAUACACAGGCUCAAAUCCGCAGAGAUAGUAAUUCUACAGUCAGUUCCUAUUAUGGCAGCAUGAGAAGUGCGGAUAUGAGUCGAAAGAGUAGUGUAGCUUCACAAUCUUCCAGUAUGCGUCCUGGUGUAGUAGCGCCCGGAUCUUUUUACGACCCUAUAUCGGCUGGUAGCUCGAGAAGAUCAAGCCAGUUAUCGACAGCUGCAACAGGUGGAACCUGCAUUCCUCCGCCGCCACCUUCACAUCUUCUAGCUGGACAUUUACAAAAACUGCAGAAUUCUCCCGGCAACAAUUUAGUACUCCAGACUCAGAAUGCUUCACUUCAACAAACAGCAAUGCAACAAACUUGGUUGUCUACUGCUCUAUCCAAUAUUCCAUCGACAACAACUAGUACAGAUGCUCGCAGAAUGUCGGAACCGUGUCACACUUUGUCCGAUAGGAAGAGCCCUCCACCUCGUCCAGCUUCUGUAUCUUUAUCACCUUUGAAAGAUACUGCAAACUCUUCAGAAUUGCAUCCAAAUCAAGCAGUAGUUUUAGAUGAGGUGGGAGAAGGAGAAAUGGUGGAGAAUAAACUUGUAAUACCUGACGAAAUGGUUAGAUACUUAAACCAAGUAGCAGAUAAUCAAAACAUAAUGAGCUGGUCGGAUACAAAUCAAAAACCGUUAGAAAGCUCUUCACAUAUGAUACCAUCACCUUCUAGUUUUACACUGCCUUCUCCUCAAAAUAUGUCACCAUCUGCUAUUAGUCAAAUUUUACCAUCACCAAGUAGUUUAAAUCAGAUGAUAUCGUCACCUAAUAAUCAAAUGGUAAAUUCUCCAUCUAAUCUGAACCAAAUGAUGCCUUCUCCUGCGGCCAGUAAUGCCAAUCAAAUUAUACAUUCACCGUCUUCCAAUAAUCUUAAUCAAAUGAUGCAUUCACCAUCUUCUAAUAACAUGUGUCAAGUUAUGUCUUCAUCUGCAACUAAUAAUAUUAACCAGAUGAUGUCUUCACCUGCAACUAAUAACAUGAACCAGAUGAUGCCGUCACCUGCAACUAAUAACAUGAAUCAAAUGAUGUCUUCACCUGCACCUAAUAAUGUGAAUCAAAUGAUUUCUUCACCUUCAACUAACAAUAUGAAUCGUAUGAUGCCUUCACCUACAACUAACAACAUAAAUCAGGUGAUGCCUUCACCUACAGCAAAUAACAUAAAUCAAAUGAUGCCUUCACCUGCAGCUAAUAACAUAAAUCAAAUGAUGCCUUCACCAGGAGCUACAAAUAUUAACCAAAUGAUGUCAUCGUCUGCAUCUGUUCAUAAUCAAAUGCUUCAUUCUCCAUCUGCAAAGCAAUUGAUGUCAUUGUCUGGUACUAAUAAUAUGAAUCAGAUCAUGUCUUCUAAUGGGAAUAUGAAUCAUAUACAUACCAAUUAUUCAGCUUCAAACUACGGAAUGGUGCAACAAAGUAACUUUCCUGUUAAAUGUCACUCUCAAAUGAUGAAUAUGAACUGUUUUAAUAGACCCAUGAACCACAGUGGUUGUUAUUCUGUGCCACACUGGGACGGAUGUGGAUGUCAACAAAAUAUGACACAAAAUAAUCAUAUCUGUCGUCAAAGGAAUAGUUAUAUGGGUAACAAUUCAAACCAUUAUUGUAAUAACCAUUACAAUCAGAACCAUUAUAACUGCAACAAUUUUCAAACAAAUUACAACUGUAUGUCUAACAUGUCAGAGCAAAUGCCCUCACCGGCAGUAGCCACACCCUCACCAUCUGAAGCUAUGAAUCCACCUCAACAAGCACAAAUGACACGACCAUGUUCACAUUAUGAACAAAACUGUUAUUCCACCUCCAUAUAUCCUAAUCAGUGUAUCUCUAACACCCACAACUGCACAAAUUGCAAAAAAACCGGUUUCAGUCAGUGCUGUAACCAGAAUAAUGAAAUACAGUGUAAUGAUGUUAGCCAAUCGCAAAUGUCACCGAGUAUUUCAAACAGUGGUACUACAAUGCUUGGGAUGCGCCAGGACGCUUAUCAAAGAACAUUAGAAUAUGUUCAAAAUUGUCAAUCGUGGGUGAACAAUUCGGAUACGGUUAGUAGUAGUACACAUCCACUUAAAGUAGCUGAAAAACCUACUUCAAAUAUGGUCGUUAAUGAUAUGACUUCAUCUCUUACUUCUCUCUUAGAAGAAAAUAGGUUCUUACAAAUGAUUAUAUAAGGAAGAUAUUUAUUGGAUCUAAUCACUAAAAAUAUAUGUAUUAUUGUUGUGAAUAUAUAAAAAUAUAAUGUAUAAUUUCAGAUAUUUUGAAAUGAAACAGAUGAAAACCUAGACAAUGGAACAACUAAAAUAUAUAUUACAAAGUAACUAAAUCUAAUUUAUUCAAUCUCUUAUUGAGAAAAAUAGUUCUCACACCCCACUCUCAUUCUCUUUGGUGGCAAAUCUUUUAUAUUUUUUGUAUAUUUUGAGCAUGAGACAAAGUCUGCUAUUAAUGUAUAUUAUAUAACUUAGGAAAACCAUUGCUUAACUCGGUCUGAUUUUUUUCAAAUAAAUAAAAAGUGAUAGAUAUUUUAAAUCAAAGUCCCAACUCAUUGAGACUGGAAUUCCGUGUGGUUUUCUUGAGUUUAUAUUUCACACAUCAAGACAUUUAGAUACUAUCACAAUAGUAAAUUAAGCUUUAAUGCAGCUAACAAAAUAAACAAUUCUUGAAGCAAAUCAAUCCCACGCAUCCAAUCUGAUGCUACAUCGGGUCCUUCAAAUCACUACAGUACAACAGAAAAGCUAGAACCAUCAUUAGAGUGAAGGAACAAUAUACGAAAAACAUUAGAGAAGACCAGUUAGAAAUCACAAUAAAAGAAAAUCCAAAAUUGUGUUUUUUAUUAAUAUAUUUUAAUAAUAUAUAUUUGGAAGUACCAGUUGUUUCAGUGACAUAAUAUAUAAAUAACCCUGCUUCUAUAAAAAAUAUUAACUCAUCCUUCUCAUCCUCAUUUAUGUCGUUUUAGAUUGUCAUAAACUUAUUAAAAUACAUCAUUUCAAAUUUAGACAAUAUUUUCUGAAUAACAAUACUGUUCUACUCAUAUUCAUUGGAUUGUAAUAUUUUCCACGAAUUUUAUUUAUUCCACAGUUCAUGCAAAAAAUCUAUUAGCUCUAGGAAAAACUUUACGAUUAGAAAAUGUUUUAAAAUAUACAAGGGUAAAAGUAGUAUUUUUAUUUCAAAAAAUUAAAUAAAAAAAAUUCAUAUUACUUUCACUCUUUGAAACCUAAUUGGAAUGUUGAGAAAAUACCUGCUGAUAGUGUUUUGCAAGUGCAGGGAAAUUACAAAGUAUCAAGUUUCUAUACAUAUAUAAAUUUGAGAAAAAAAUAUAAAUCAUUAAUUCUACUCACAAUAUAUAAAGUAUAUAAAAAAAGAUGUUGCAUACAUAUAUUUUUCGUAUCCAGACCCUUGUUUAGUUAAGAACAUUUGCAACCAGUUUAUAUCUACUCAAACGUAUCUGUAUAAAUAUUAUUCAGUGAAAUUUGGGAAAAUGACAAGUAGUAUUUAGUAUUUGAAUUUUAUUUGCCAAUUUGAAUAAUAAUUUUGAUUUAUGAUUUAAAGAAAUUGCAAAAAUAAUACAGAUAUGUAAAUUAUGUAGAUAAAAACUUCACACUUAUUAUAUUUUUUCCAAAAUGUAUUGUUAAAUGUUGAUGUAUUAAAAUGGUUAGCAGAGUUAUUUUUCAUAUUAUUGAUUCAAAGUUCUUAUUAUAGUGAAUCUAAUUAUACCACUCAUGAAGUUGGUAACUGAUUCAAUGUGUCCAAUUAAAUUGUAGCGCCAAACCUGCAAAAAGACAUUUUUGGAGAAGAUAAGUAGUGAUCUUGGUUAAAGAAAUAUGUUAGGCGUACAAAUAUGUAUGAAAUGUAUAUUGUGAUAUGUAAAUUAAUUCUGCAAUACUUAUUAAAAUUUUAUAGAGGCUUUAAAGUUUUGUGAAUAUUCAAAAUAUUAUAACUGUAAGGAGACUAUCUUUUUUUGUAUUAUGUAUAUUUUAUGAAGGGGUCUGUAUAAUGAUGAUCUCAUUCUUUUCGUGUAGGGCCACAUACUGCCAUAUUUGUACAUCUUAUAUAUUAAUAUUGUUUAAUAUUGGUUGUAAAUAUAUAAUUUUAUGUUAUAUUUUGUACUUGCAAUAGAGAUAUAUUUAAUAGAACUUAUGCUUAAUAUUUUUUCAAAAUUUUUUCAUGAAACCUCCCACUUACCUCACCCACAACAACUUUGGCUCCUUCUAAACCCAGUCGUCAAACAAUGCACACAAAUUACAAAACACUAUGUCUUCAAAAUCGUAUGUUAUGAACUUUCAUCUGACCAGUCUAUUCUAAAAAAUGUAAGUGUGGAGUUUAUAGGAGUGUACAACCACCAACAUUAACUGGAACUUGUUCUGCAGCAUACUUGACGAGACGCUGGACCUAACAUUACAUUUCAAUAUGGAAAACGACACCUAACACUGAAAUCUCAAUUAAACAACAAGAGUUUGGAAUUAACCAAAGAAUAUUUAUUUACAAAUUGAAUUAGAACCUUCAUAAAUCGAUAAGUGAAGGUGCUUUUCCGUACCAGACAUUUUAUUUAAUUAAUAGUCUCCUCAUUUCAUCAACAAAUAACUAGAAAUUUCAAGAUAUUAAGUGAUGACAAUAUUAAUUAAGAAUUAUCGUAUGGAUCUUAAAGGUAGGAUUAGCGAUAAUGUCAACGAAAUAACAAACCUUAAAAAUUCGAUAUAAUUGAGACAAAUUUCAGAUUUUUUAAGUUUAUUAAUAUGAUUGGCAGUCUUCAUCCUGAGAUACUAUUAAUAAAGUGUUAA